AUGGCGGACUUUGAGAGUGUUCUAGGUGGUUGUGUGGAUUUCUUACAGGAGAGGGUGUUUCGAGAGCUUCCCGAGAACGCUGUGACAGUUUGCAUGGAACGGGAGGCAGUAGGCGGCGCAGAAGUGGUGGCAGGGGAAUGGGGGCCGCUAGAGGGCGUUACAGACAAGCAGAUCCGGCGGGACAUGCAGAUGAAUGCGUUCCGCGCGGUGGUGGUGCGCGUGGUGCAAGGCGGGCGGGAGGAUGGGGGUUACCUUGCGAACCUGGCGGCAGUGCUGGACUGCGUGCACUGGAUGCAGGCGGGCGAGGGGGCCGCUGGCGACGCGGCGGCCUGGGCCAACCUCUACUUUGACCUGACGAAGAGCGCAAUGCAGUUUCUGGCCGUACCGGACGGCUUUCUUGCGUUCUGGCCGUACUUUGAGUCGCGGCUUGCAUGGUACUUGCAGGGGCAGGAUGUGGUGCCCGUGCGCAGCGGCGAGAACAGGUUGGUGUCGGGGAUCCGGCUGCCGCUGUCGCGGCUACUGUACCACUGCAACGAGCUUGUGCGGCAGCUGGAGGCGCAGUCAAAGUUGAACACGCCGCGCCACUACAUGGUCGCGCACAAGUUGCAAUGGUUUAUGUCGCAGCUGUUACCGGCCAGCGAGAACUGCAAUUACAACAAGUCGGGCGAGCUCAUGGCACAGCUGCCGGAGACACUGUGGGCCCAGCGAGGCGGGAAGUUGCGCGACGCGCGGUCGCCCUCGCUGUUCCGUGACUGGACCUACUUUGUCGAGGAGUUCGUAUUGGACCCUGUCGGCGUUAUGGUAUCCCCCCUGCGUGAGCGCCAGGGGUUUGAGGAGUACACGAACGAUAUUAUUGAAUUUCUUCUUGAGAAGGAACAGGACUACUACCGCAAGGUCGCCUCUGCGGUCCAAGGACCCAAUUUGAUCAGGCAAGAUCUGCACCGUGGCCUUAUUCCAACGCAAGCCAGCACGAAUAAUUUCCGUGAACCCCAAGACUCUAGGCAUUCUAUAUGUGCCUCCAAGGCUGCGUUCUGGAAGCACUAUAGCGAGGUGUACGCAACGCUGGAAGACGUAAUGCAUCCGCUUCCGCUGGAGCUCUGCAUGGAGGACGAGCACACUCUCAACCAUCAGCUCGAAACGGUAGAGGUAGAUACAUUCAGAAAACUGGUGCUCCUCCAGAUUACGAUAACCUGCAAUAUCGUCGACCAGAUCCUACGGGAUAAGGCCAUUUACAGGACCUACGUGACCCGCUACAAGAAUGUCCACAGUGGUCGUGCUAUCCCUAACGAUCCGCCGACUUUGUUCAAGUUCUUUUCCACCGCUGUUGGCCGUAUCCGUGACUUUUACCGUGUAAAGGAUCCGCAGUUCUUUGACAUGCUCAAUGAACUGCUGCAUGCGGACGAGUCAUUCCUGUUUGCGAAGGCGGCGAAUAUGGCUCCCUUCAAAGAAAUCGCAUGGAACACUGAGUCGCUAGGUCAUGCCCCGGAGCCAGCCUGCAGCUUCAAGAAGUUUGGAUUCAUAACUAUGGGCAAUAAGCGCAUUAACGAUGUAUGGAAGAUAGAAUCCGGGCUUAAACGCACCAAGGACCUAGCCAAGGCACGCGAGAUCGACCCAACUGGCGUCUACUCGGCGUUGCAGGCAGUAGCUGCCACGGCCGGGGCUGCUACGGAUGCCGACUCUAGAAUUGUCAAGCAAUGGCAAGACCUGCGAGCUCUCCGCUUUGAGUACCUAUUUGAGCUCGCCAAGGUAGAUGAGACCACCGGUAUAAAUGGCCUUUUCGAUCCGACACUGAUCGCAGCGUCGCGCGAGGAUAAAGACAAGCGCAUCUCGGCGCUACAUGAGGCAUACAUAAAGCGCCACCGUGAGGACCUGGAAAAGGCCGAGAUGUACUUUCGCCAACAGUCUGAGCAGUCAGAAGACAAAGGCGACGAGCUCUCGAGAAAGCGCGCAGCGUCCACUCCGGAUAGCGCUGACGACUUACCAGAAACAAAGAGGAGCAGACUGCAAUCCGAGUCGGUUCCUGCCGAGCACUUGGAGAGCGCCGAGACCCCGGAUACUGCGAAGAAGAGCGAACCUCAGGAGAAGGAGCAGGAGUCAGACGAUGACGACGACGAUGAGGCCGUUCCAGAGUGCUGA